CCACAGUAAGCUAAACUAAACUAAGUCCCUCACAAUCACAACUUCCAAGUCCUUUUCCAUUUCUCAUUUUCUCUCAUAUAGUUAAGGAAUAAAAUGGGUGCCAAAGUUAGAAUGUUUGUUUUUCUAAUGUUGUUUGCAUUAUGUUCAGCCAUUAAUCCAAGCAAGCAGAGAAAGCAAUAUAAACCUUGCAAAAACAUGGUCCUUUAUUUUCAUGACAUAAUUUACAAUGGAAUGAAUGAAGCAAAUGCAACAUCUUCAAUAGUAGCAGCUCCACAAGGUGCUAAUUUAACAAAAUUAGCAACUCAAUUCCACUUUGGUAACAUAGCUGUUUUUGAUGAUCCAAUCACAUUGGAUAACAACCUUCAUUCAAAACCAAUUGGAAGAGCACAAGGUUUUUACAUUUAUGAUACAAAAAACACUUACACUUCUUGGCUUGGUUUCACAUUUGUUCUUAAUAGCACUCAAUAUGAAGGAACCAUUACUUUUGCUGGUGCUGACCCAAUUUUGAAGAAAACUAGAGAUAUCUCUGUUACUGGUGGAACUGGUGAUUUCUUUAUGCAUAGAGGAAUUGCUACUAUUAUGACUGAUGCAUUUGAAGGUGAAGUUUAUUUUCGACUUCGUGUUGAUAUUAACUUCUUUGAGUGUUGGUGAUUUAUAAAAUUAACUACCAAGUGCUAAAAAGAAACAUAAAUGUUUGAGGAGUUAAUGUCCCUCACUUUAAUUUAAUCAAGUGUAAUGUUGAAGACCAAAGUUACCACUUUAAUGUGUGCUUUUAGUCCACAAUAAAGUAUCAUCAAUAAGUUAUCAACUUGUACUCCUUUUCCCUCUAUGAUUAUGAUCAAUAAAUUAAGAUCAUUUUAAUAAACGAUUUUAUACAA